AACGAUUACACCGAUUAGCUGUAACUCCCCCUGUGUGAAGUUGGCCCGUACACCAGUUAUAUCUGUAACGAUCACAUAAGUACAUGCAUAUGGACAUUUCACCCCCUCCUGCGUGUCUUUUUUUGUUUCGUGCCUUUCUAUUUCCUUCCGGUUCCAUCCGGUCGGUCGCGCAUGAGGACACGCGUAACGCAAGCGCACCUACAGAUGCCAGUAUUUGUACGGCACUGUGGAACUAUCUAUCACGCGGCGGCAUUUCAGUCUUCAAGUUAAUGCGAGCAAGUGCGCUUCGAAACUGAUAAGGGAAAAAAAGAAAAUAUCGUCGGUGAUAGGAUCGUAAAAAAAGGAACUAAAAUGAAUUUUAUCCUACGCGUUAAUGUUCUUAUUUAUCGCGACUAUUAAUGAAGUGUCAUCGUGGGGGAUUGACGUGACGAGUUGUCAUUCUUUCGUUGCUGUCGCAUACGCGUUCAGAUAGAAAAGGAUUUAAUGAAUUAAAAUGGAAAGGAAAAACUUUGGUGUGUCGCGAAUUUUCGUGUGUUGCACAAAUGUCAUUUUCCUGAUAUCAGGUUUCGCGUUGAUGUCAUUAGGAGCAUUGUUAUUAGCCGAUGAUGAACGUAUUCUACUGUCACGUUUAUUGGGACCAGGGGAUAUACAUCCUGAUCAACCACUUUUUUAUUACAUGGCAUUUGCAGUCGUUGGACUUGGAUUUCUGAUCACGCUCACGGGUUUGCUAGGAUGCUGGGCAACUUGUCUCUAUAAUCGAUGCGUUACAGUUUCAUAUCUCAUCACGAUAAUCCUGCUAUUACUUGGCGAAUGCACUGUGUGCGUUCUAGUGGUAUUCUGGCCUCACGUUCUGGGCAUUGAUGUUCGACCAGCACGAUUGAUACGAGCUUUGCAACGUAGUUACGCUGUUCCUGGUCGAGAGCAAUUCACAGCAGCUCUUGAUCUCGCGCAAACAGCGUUUGCUUGCUGCGGCAUAAACGGAAGUAGCAAUUACGGUACCUCGUGGUGGCGACUACAGGAAGUCGGUCGACGAGAAUUAGUGGUGCCUCUCAGCUGUUGCACCCUGAAUAACGUAAACCAGACCGAUUCUUUCCUCAACCCUGAACCUGCCAAUCUUACUCUCUGCCAGGCUUUGAACCCUGCCGAACAUCAAUACGCCCGCCAUACGACGGGUUGUUUAGAGAUGUUGGAGAAAUGGACCCAAGACCAGGCAAUAAUACUGCUCACGAUCGGACUCGCGGUGAUUUUCGUGGAAGUAGGUGCACUUCUAAGCACAUUCUUCGUCUGUUCAAAGGGCACUAGGAGAACCAAAUCUCAAGCAUCGACGUUUACAUCCACGCAAACGCUUAGUCCGUUUAGCGAAAGUGACCACGACUUUGGACUGGGAAUCGAGAAUCGAAUGCAUGCAACCGGAACGACGUUUGGCACUAAAUCAUGAAGGUGGCUAGAGGGCAGUGAGGGUAAAUCAUCAGGUGACAUUAAGAAUAUAAAAAUUGCGUCAAGUUUGUCUAGACUUAACGACGUGAGA